UGUUGGCAGUCACCACUCUUCUUGUAUUUGUCAAGUUGGUUUCUUUUUGGUGUUUACACCGAUUUCUUCAGAAGCAAAAGUUUCGCAUUUGAACGAAGUGGAUUUUUUUUAUCGUGAAAACCACAACAAUUUUCGCAACAACGUGGACAGAGAGUUAUCUAGAAUCCGGUGAAAAUGGUGUACGUAAAGGACUGGGAAGAUUUUGAGAUUGCGGCCGAAAGUAUGUUUAUGCAAAAUCCGGGCAAUUGUCGAUUCACAUUGAAAUACAUACAUUCCAAAGGGCUCAUUCAAUUGAAAUUCACAGACAAUGUAAAAUGUAUUCAAUAUAAAACAGAGAUUAUGCCGGAUCUGAAGAAAAUAGAAAAAUUGACUGGAAACCUAAUGCUUCAUAUGGCAUCGAAUAAUUGAAACGGAUUGUGGCCGGUCACAAUCGCUCUGCUUCGCACGAAACGAAUCGUUUUAAAAGUUCUGUGUCCAUCGACAGCAGGGGAACUUAGCAUUUAAGUGUUCAAUCAUUUUUUUUAAAUAUAAUCAGUCCAAUUAAUAUAUUUUAUAGAAAAUGAAGAAGAAUGAACAAAAAAAACCACAUCAAAA